AGAAACCGCUGUUACUUUUUUUUCUUCUUCUUCCAGAGACUGGGGGAGCGUCACAAGCAGCAUCCACAGGAGGAGGAGGAGGAGGGGAGGCUGGUCCAGACUCAGACCCACUCACUGCGUGGAAGGCGCAACACGCUGCACAUCCAUCUGCUCUCCGUCGAACCUUUGGGGAUUUUAGCCAACUUUGCAGAGAGCUGCCUCGGACUGCACCAGAAGGUACCGCGUCUUGAGUGCACCGGAGACAUGAACUGAGGAGACACUGGAAAGCAUCAUUUCCUGACGUCUGAGAUCGUGGCCAAUCAUGACAUCACAGAAGAGCUGGGGGAUAAUCGGCAUUCUCGCCGCAAUCACGCUUUUCUGUACCUUCGAUAUGACUACACCCUUACAUAUUCCACUGGAAGUUUUAAGUCAUGUAAACAUUGAGCAGCUGCCCACCAUCACUUCCCAGUCUCCGAGCUCUCUCAUCGCCUUCCCGUUUGACGAGAGUUUCCCCGUGACGUGCGAGGCCAAAGGGAAUCCCGAGCCAGAAUUCAGAUGGAUGAAAAAUGGCCAGGAGUUCGACCCUUUCUUAGACCCCCGGCUGAUAAAAGAAGAACAAACCGGGACCUUCGUGAUACCCAAUAACGGGAACCUUACAGAGUACCAGGGAACAUACCGCUGUUACGCCUCAAACAAACUGGGGACGGCCAUAUCGAAGGAGAUCGAAUUCAUUGUCCCACAUGUACCGAAGUUUCCAAAAGAAACUCUUGAUCCAGUUGUGGUGGAGGAAGGUCAGCCGUUUGUCUUAAACUGUGACCCACCCAAAGGAAUACCCCCUUUCCAGAUCUACUGGAUGACUAUCAACCUCCAACAUAUAGAACAGGAUGAGAGGGUGUCCAUGGGCUUGAACGGAGACCUGUACUUCUCUCACGCCGUGGAGAAGGACAGCAGGCGGGACUACUGCUGCUUCGCCGCCUUCCCAAGAAUCCGAACCAUAGUUCAGAAGACAGCCAUGUCUGUCAACGUCAAGACAAAAAAAAGUCAUAGCAUGAGCCCUGAAAUUGCCAAUGCCAUCCUGCAGAGAAGACCCUUGCUUAUGACGCCCUCUGGUGUUAGAUCAGAGAAACAGCUGGUCAAAGGAGAGGACUUGAAACUUGAGUGCAUUCCUGAGGGAUUUCCGACCCCACAGGUGGAGUGGGUCAAAAUGGGUCACAAGCUCCCAAGUAAAGCCAAACUCGAGAGUCAUGGAAAACUGCUGAUUGUAACAAACGUGGAACAAGAAGAUAGUGGCAAGUACAUGUGCAAGGCAAAGAACAGACUCGGAGAAGUGGUCCAUUACUUCACGGUAAACGUUGAAGAGCCUCCAGAGUGGGCAUUUGAGCCUGAGAGUCAGCUCAGUAUGAUUGGCUCGGAUGUGCUCAUCAAGUGCUCAGCGACCGGGACUCCCCAGCCGACAAUAACUUGGAGAGUGAACGGUCUGCCUCUGCAUGAAGUCCCUGCAGCUAACAGGAAGGUUUUUGAUGACACCGUCAUCUUGCGCAAUGCCAAAGAGUCUGACAGCGCCGUCUAUCAGUGCCAAGCAUCCAAUAGACACGGAUCCCUCCUGGCCAACGCCAACAUCAUGGUUAUGAAUCUCCCUCCGGUGAUUCUUACCACAGAAGGAGCGGAUUACUCCGCUGUUGAGGGGAGGAGCGUGAUGAUGCACUGCAAUGUCUUCAGCUCGCCGCCAUCUACUAUCACUUGGAGCAAAGAUGAUUUCUCCAAAUCUGUGGUUGGGCCAAGGUUUAGCGUCCAUGACAACGGGACACUGGAGAUUUACAGCACAGAGGAAGAGGACACGGGACAGUAUACAUGUUACGCCAAAAACACAGAGGGGUCAUCUGCCAUUGAAGCCACACUUUAUGUUAAAGAUCCCACUAGAAUAACGAAUGCCCCGGAAGACCAGCGGAUCUUAAUAGGCACCACGGCCCAGCUCUCAUGCCUGGCAGAAUAUGACGAGUCCUUCAGCAACGACUUUGAGCUCCUUUGGGAAAAAGAUGAUAUGGACAUUGGUUUCAACUAUACUGAGAAUUCAAGAUACUUUGUGGAGGACGGUACCCUUCAAAUCAUCAAUGUAAGCCACUGGGACCAGGGUGUAUACACUUGCGUGGCCCGGACUCCGGUGGACCAGGACACAGCCUCUGUGUUGCUCAUGGUGUUAGACGUCCCUGACGCACCCGAGCAUUUGGUACUGUCUGAACACAAGACCAGGAGUGUGAAACUGAAAUGGACGCCAGGGAACGACCACAACAGCUCAAUAACAGAGUUUAUUAUUCAGUAUGAGGAGAGCCAGUGGGAGCCUGGAAAUUGGAAGGAGCUGCUCAGAGUACCUGGAAAUCACGUUUCGGCCAUCCUCAAACUUCACGGCCAUGUGAACUAUCGCUUCCGAGUGGCUGGUUUAAACAGCGUCGGGAGGGGACGUCCCAGUGAGCCCACUGAGAGAUACAAAACCCCUCCAGCAGCCCCUGACAAGAACCCGGAAAAUAUCAAAAUUGAAGGCCAUUUGCCGCAUGAAAUGGAUAUCAACUGGCAGCCCCUUCUGCCAAUUGAACACAACGGUCCCGGUCUUGAGUACAAGGUCAGCUACAGACGGCAGGACUUGGAGGAGGACUGGAAAGAACACAUGGUGAAGAGGCACUCGUUCGUGGUGACGAACACGCCCACCUUUGUGCCUUAUGAAAUCAAGAUCCAAGCGAGGAACAACCAGGGCUGGGCCCCCGAGCCAAAGAUUGUGACCGGCUACUCCGGCGAAGAUUUUCCCUCUGCUGCACCUGAAAAUGUAGCCGUGGAGGUGAUGAACAGCUCAGCGGUUAAGGUCAGCUGGACCCGUGUACACAAAGACAAGUUGCAUGGACAUCUGGGAGGCUACAGGAUAAACUGGUGGCGUCUGCGCAGUCUGCUGGAUUCCAAAAAAAGUCACGGGGACAAACACACGCUGACGUUUCCUGGCGACCACAACCAUGCGGCCAUACCGAGACUGCAACCCUUUUCCGAGUACAGCCUGAUUGUCAUGACCUUCAACGGGCGUGGCAAUGGCCCUGGCAGUCAUCCCGUCAACUUUAAAACCCCAGAAGCAGUACCUGAGAAAAACGCUGUUUUCAGGGUGACAGACACGCAGAGACACUCUGUCUCUCUGGCCUGGGCACCGCCCUCAGAGCCAAAUGGGAUUCUGACCGGCUAUCUGCUGGAGUAUCAGCUGAGUAACGACACGGAGGAGGUCGGACCACUGCAGACUGUAGACAUCAGCAAACCUGACACCACCAAGUGGACCCUGCGGGACUUGGAGCCUUUAAGCAAGUACACGUUCCACCUGCGUUCCUGCACCACUGCGGGCUGCGGGCCUGUUGUCACUGAGGAGAGCACCACCACCCUUGAAACAAGCAAAUCAGCUUCUCCCACACCUCGAAGCACUCCAAAGUCCCCCAUGACCAAAUCCACUCAGUCCACCAUAGGUUUUGCCAGCAUCCAUGGAGGAAUAUCUAACCAGGGCUGGUUUAUCGGCCUGCUGUGUGCCAUCGCGCUGCUCACACUCAUUGUGUUGAUUGCCUGUUUUGUCAACAGAAAUAAAGGAGGGAAAUACUCAGUCAAAGAAAAAGAAGACCUUCAUCCUGACGUGGAGUCCCAGGGUAUGAAUGACGACACUUUUUGCGAAUACAGCGACAACGACGAGAAGCCGCUGAAGGGCAGCCGGCACUCUCUGAGCAGAGAGAUCAAAGCGGGGGACAGCGGCGACAGCCUGGUGGACUACGCCGAGGAAGACGUUCACUUCAACGAGGACGGCUCCUUUAUAGGCGAGUACGCCGGCCGGAAGGAGAAGCGAGUGUCAUCUGAGAUCAAGGCCCCCGCUCAGAUCCCAGCGUGAGCAACACAGGUUCCGUCCAUCGUCCGCCGUGCACAUACUUCAAAUGAAACCCGCUCAGAGGGACGCAUCAAAGCCAACACAGAUGUUAGCAAUGCUGAGCACAAGUUGUGUCAAAUGCAAUGCGUCAUUGCCGACAAUACACUGCCGUCCUAAUUCCACAAUGCCCUUGUUUGUUUGGAGCAUUACUAAAUACAAAUGUAUACUGUAAAUAAUUAUAGGGUAUAUUAUUCUGUAUGUGAAGAGUGACUUUUUUUUUAUCAUUAUUACAGAGGGCUUGUAUUUUUUUGUGAUUGUUAUUGUUUGAGCGACACUUAUUGGUCAAAAGGCAACAUGGUCUGUUUUUUGAAUGAUCAAUUAGUUUUGUCAAAAUGCAACAUUUACUUCGGGUAUUCAGGACAUAUUCCUGAAAUGUGAUGUAUUUUGACUGUAAAGUUAACCCAUUAACUUAUUUUUGCAGCAUUAUUUACCGGACAUAUCAUGGACAAAUAUUUGUGAUUAUUUGGGAGAUUCUGCAAGUCAAGUUUUAGGUAACACUUUAGUACGGGGAACAUAUUCACCAUUAAUUAGUUGCUUUUCAACAUGCAAAUUAGUAACAUAUUGGCUCUUAAUUAGUCAUUAUUAAGUACUCUGCAUGGCCUUAUUAUACUACCAUGAAUUGAUUAACGUGGACCCCGACUUAAACAAGUUGAAAAACUUAUUCGGGUGUUACCAUUUAGUGGUCAAUUGUACGGAAUAUGUACUGUACUGUGCAAUCUACUAAUACAAGUCUCAAUCAAUCAAAAAACAGUAAGCCAUUAACUAAGAGUCUUCCCUCAAUAACCUCAGAAUUAUUGCUUAUUAGUACUAAGUAAGGAAGUUAAAGUUAAAGUACCAAUGAUUGCCACACACACACUAGGUGGUGAAAUUAUUCUCUGCAUUUGACCCAUCACCCUUGAUCACCCCCUGGGACGUGAGGGGAGCAGCGGUGGCCACGCCCGGGAAUCAUUUUUUGGUGAUUUAACCCCCAAUUCCAACCCUUGAUGGUGAGUCCCAAGCAGGGAGGUAAUGGGUCCCAUUUUUAUAGUAUUUGGUAUGACUCGGCCGGAGUUUGAACUCACAACCUACCGAUCUCAGGGCGGACACUCUAACCACAAGGCCACUGAGUAGGUGGUGUACAUGAUUCUCCCUUUAAUACCACUUAAAGGCCUACUGAAAUGAAUUGUUUUUAUUUAAACGGGGAUAGCAGAUCCAUUCUAUGUGUCAUACUUGAAAAUUUUGCGAUAUUGCCAUAUUUUUGCUGAAAGGAUUUAGUAGAGAACAUCGACGAUAAAGUUCGCAACUUUUGGUCGCUGAUAAAAAAAGCCUUGCCUGUACCGGAAGUAGCUUGACGUCGCAGGUUGAAAGGCUCCUCACAUUUCCCCAUUGUUUACACCAGCAGCGAGAGCGAUUCGGACCGAGAAAGUGACGAUUACCCCAUUAAUUUGAGCGAGGAUGAAAGAUUUGUGGAUGGGGAACGUGAGAGUGAAGGACUAGAGUGCAGUGCAGGACAUAUCUUUUUUUGCUCUGACCGUAACUUAGGUACAAGGGCUCAUUGGAUUCCACACUUUCUCCUUUUUCUAUUGUGGAUCACGGAUUUGUAUUUUAAACCACCUCGGAUACUAUAUCCUCUUGAAAAUGAGAGUCGAGAACGCGAAAUGGACAUUCACAGUGACUUUUAUCUCCACGACAAUACAUCGGCGAAGCACUUUAGCUACUGAGCUAACGUGAUAGCAUCGGGCUUAACUGCAGAUAGAAACAAAAGAAAUAAACCCCUGACUGGAAGGAUAGACAUAAAAUCAACAAUACUAUUAAACCAUGGACCUGUAACUACACGGUUAAUGCUUUCCAGCCUGGCGACGCUUAACAAUGCUGUUGCUAACGACGCCAAUGAAGCUAACUUAGCUACGGGACCUCACAGAGCUAUGAUAAAAACAUUAGCUAUCCACCUACGCCAGCCAGCCCUCAUCUGCUCAUCAACACCCGUGCUCACCUGCGUUCCAGCGAUCCACGGAGCGACGAAGGACUUCACCCGAUCAUCGAUGCGGUCGGCGGCUAGCGUCGGAUAGCGGGUCUGCUAUCCAAGUCAAAGUCCUCCUGGUUGUGUUGCUACAGACAGCCGCUAAUACACCGAUCCCACCUACAGCUUUCUUCUUUGCAGUCUUCAUUGUUCAUUAAACAAAUUGCAAAAGAUUCACCAACACAGAUGUCCACAAUACUGUGGAAUUUUGCAAUGAAAACGAGAUGUUUGUAUUGGAUACAAUGGUGUCCGAAUACUUCGGUUUCAACGAUUGACGUCACGCGCAUACGUCAUCAUACAUAAACGUUUUCAACCGGAAGUUUCGCGGGAAAUUUAAAAUUGCACUUCAUAAGUUAACCCGGCCGUAUUGGCAUGUGUUGCAAUGUUAAGAUUUCAUCAUUGAUAUAUAAACUAUCAGACUGCGUGGUCGGUAGUAGUGGGUUUCAGUCGGCCUUUAAUGAAUAUGGUCUCUUCUUACAUAACAAAACACAAAACUACAAUAACCCUAAUCCUAACCCUUAAUAAAUUAAGCCUUUGUUACUUAGAAUAUGUUCCCCAUACUGAAGUGUUACCAAGUUUUGUUAUGUCACUCACGGCAUAUGAAUCGUGUUUUAUCUUGAAACAGCCAAGUUUGAUUCCCAUAAAAACUGAACUAACGCAGCAAAUUACCUUGCUGUGGCAAUCCCUGACAGGGGAAAAGCCAAAAGGAGGGUACAACUAUUUGUAUUAUGUUAUUUGACAUCAAACACAGCACUACGGUCAUUACAUUUUGUAAAAAAUAAUUUGUUUUUUUGCUGUAUAAAAUGAACUUUUCCGGUCAUUGACUUGUCUGCCGGAUUUCUCGUCAGUGCGGUCUUUAUGUGCAAAUUGCUUACAUAUUUCACAUGCCUUUAAAGGAGACACUUUGCUACCGUCUCUACCUACUUCUAUUGUGUUAUCUGGCAUCAAACGUAGCAUGACAGUCACUGCAUUGUUUUGUAAAAACUUUUCCAUUGCAUGUUCAGAUGACUAGUUGGUGGUUUUUGAUGUAAUAAAUUGCCUUUUCCUACAUUAUUUAAAUGAGUCGUCUGCCUGUUCACUCCUUGUAUACAGUGCAUCCGGUAAGUAUUCACAGCGUUCACUAUUUUUCACAUUUUGUUACUGUAUGUUAACAGCAAUUCAAUCAAUCAUUCAGUCAAAGUUCAUUUAUAUAGCCCUUAAUCAUAAAUCUCUCACAUGUCUGCAUAAGCCAAGACGACAUCCUCAGCUCAGAUCCACAUCAGGGCAAGAAAAAACUCAACCCAAUGGGAACAACGAGAAACUUUGGGAAGGACCGCAGAUGUGCCCCAAAUUUUAUAAGCUAGCUACUUUAGUGUACUGAAGUACCACAACUUUGGAGGUGGUGACACCCUGGAUAAGGACUAG